AUGGGGUCAGCCCAACCCCCCGGCCAUCCAUUCCUUUAUUACUUCUAUAGGGAACACCUCGGCUGGUGGGGUCAGCACAACCCCAUCCAUUUCUUCAUCACUUCUACCUAGGGAGAUUUGCUUCCCCAACCCCAUUCCUUACUCCGUCGUCGAGGGUGAAUAAUAUGGGCCGAGCGGAGAAGAAGUGCGAAUACUGCUCCCGGGUGUUCGCUCGAGCAGAGCAUCUUGCUAGGCAUCGCCGAACCCAUACCGGAGAAGCGCCAUAUCGGUGUGAGGUGUGCCGCAAAUCCUUCCAAAGGGCAGAUGUCCGAGCAGCGCACGAAAAGUCUUGCUCGGCGACCCUGGAUCUCGGAUCUACCGCAGAAGGGAACCAACGUGGUCGCAAACGUGUGCGACAUGCUUGCCUAGGAUGCCGUGAACGAAAAAUUGCAUGCGACGGACAGCAACCCUGUGACCCUUGCCGGACGAGGUCUCAGCAAUGCUGUAACGAAGGCUAUGCGGACCAGAUCGUCAUCAGUCCAGAGCCUGUGCCAGUCACAUCGUCGCCCGCGUUGGCGAGAGAGGGCAAUGGGUUGAAUCAAGCGCUCCCACAGCAAACAGCAGACUCUGGACUGCCAAUCUCAGGACCUGAACAUUCCCACGGAUCCCGCCUUCCAGAUGUGAACGGCCAAGGACUGGACUUCUUUCCUCUUCAAGACAACACCACUCCCACAGGCUGGGACGAUCUCCUUGAUAUGCACGAACUAAAUCCUCAGCCUAUAGAGUACAACUGGCUGGAAGAGAUAGACUUGUAUUGUCCGGGACUGUUUGAGAAAACCGAACAGCAACCCGUACUUGCGAGUCCGACAUUGCGACUGACAACCUAUAUGGCUGACUACUUCGACUCGCGCUCGCAACAAGUCUCGCCUUCAGGCAGCACACGCCGAAAGAUGUGGUACUCUGCACCGCCCGAUCUUCGCAGCCAUGACAGCGAUACUGUCCGGAUCUUUCGGGAACUUUUCAAACGGCACGCUCCGCAGGUGUUUGAUCUGUACCGUGAAGCCGCGCCCGAGACGAUAAAGCACUCAAUCAAAUACAUAUAUGCACUGGCAGCAGUCGGUGGCUUGUUUAGUGUAGUGUCCGGAUCGAUCGACGUUGCCAACGCCAUGUAUAAUGAUGCUCGUCGACUGCUGCUGGCUGAGGUGAGUACGGCUUCCGGCAUGAAAAUCAUUUGUUAACGUCGCGCAGUACCAUUCUUUGGAGUACACACCCAGAAGCAAUUCAUCCGCCCUUGAGGUCGCGGCAACGUUCAUCCUAUUGGAAGUGUAUGGGUUGUGCAGCGGGCAGGAAAGGAGUUACGAGAUAGGCGAGGCCUUCCAAGGCAGUCUCACUACCGUGCGUCACCCGCUGUGCCUGAUUUGAGGCUCUCCGACGAACUCAUCCCUCUCAGGCAGUUACAGAAUACGCUCAAACCUUGAGCAGCGAUCUUACUGAAUCGGAAGACACGUCCGCAACG